GAUUUAAUGAUGAACAAAGGAUGUGACGAGUGGAUGAGGAAAUUUUAAACAAAGUUAAGAAAACGAAAUUUUUGUGAUCCGUUGAUAAGACAAUUUUUUUUCGAUGCAUGAUUUCAUUAAUAACGAUGUAAGAGAUUAUAUGAAAUAUACACAUGCAAUGUAAAUUAAAUUCGUAUAGCGAUCGAAUAUGAAGCAAUAAGAGAUCAUAUAUAUAAUACACGACUAAUCCGUGUAAAGACUCGGAAUAUUGCCAAGUAGUCCUAAUCUAAGUUUAUCUAACAUAAGUCUAAUUCGAACGGGGAAAGCUUGUCGGAAUGAACAGCUUGGAACUCUGCUUGUAUUAGCAUUUUUGCUAUGUGACCACAUCGCAACGAGAGACCGAGUGAAAGACAGAGAGGACAACGAUAUUUUUCUUCUGUGCAUGUGCCGUUGAAGUAACGUCUGGGGAUCGAGGAAAAUCUUCCAUGAAAUAGAAGAAGCCUAAAUAAAAGGAAACUAUAUGUGCAUACUUCGAAACACGUUUCUGUGAUGUGCUAAUUAGACAUAGUUCGCGCCAGAAGAAAAUGCGUAGUGCGCUCGCGGAGAAUUUGGCGAGGUUCUCGAUGGGCGGUCCGAAACAAGGACGAUUGUGAGAUUAUGUUUAUGCUCUUUGUACGCAUAUUCGGGCUUGUGACUGUCAUAUGCGAUACAGUACCAUCUUAUCCUUCCAGCAGACAUUGUGUAUCUUUUGCAAGUCGAAAUUUUUUUUAAGUGUCAUAGCUUGCACGGUUGUUCGCCGUUUGUCGAGUAACCAUCUGGAAAGAUGGUGUCGAAAUACUCCAUGAAUGUCUUUAUUCAAUGAAUUCUGAUUCAGUUGAGAUUUUUCCGGGAAAACUCUUAAAUAAUGAUAACAACUCUUAAAUAAUGAUAAAAACGUUCUUAAUUAAGAUAUUGCAGAGCAAAAGGAUUAUUCUUUGAGUACUUAAUUCGAAAAAAGGCAUUUUAUUGCGAUCCGACUUUCGCAAAGGCGUCCUUGUAACAUCAAACAUGUAACGUGUUUAUACCAAUUGUUUUAUAGUAUGUAUAUAUUAAAAAUGUUACGUGCGAAAAUUGUUGCUCUUAGUCUGAUUUUUGUCAGCGUAUCCGCCUACGAACAUACCAUUGCGGACCAAUGCGACUGGUCUGGAAGCGGAGGAGGAGAAAACGGUGGUGUUCGACCAGUAUAUCUGCGCUGUGCUCGAGGAACUGUAUUGUGGCGUUAUCCUCAUGGUGCUCUGAGAGUAGUGUUCUCUUUUCCGACUUCGUCCACGAGAAACAUUCCUGUCAGUCUCAGCAGUUUAGAUUUUCGUACAUGCGUUAAGAUUUCUGGACCUGCACGAGUGUUUCUAGAAGCUGGCCGCAAAUUGAGGCAAAUCUAUUCUCCAUCUGAUGGCAAACAUGAGUAUUCACAUCGAUGCUUUCGCUCACGGAAGCAUGUGGCCGCGCUUUACAUGGAAGCAGAGGAUGAUUAUUCCUUUAAAAGCACAAAGGUCAAGCUACAGUAUGACCUGGAAUUAAAUUCACCAAAAGGAGGUGCACUGCAUGUUCCAGAUGAAGAAGAAGAGUGCAGACCAUGUUCCAUGGAGGAACUCGCCAAUGCUUAUUGCCAGAGCGACUUGGUUGCUACAGGCACUGUCACUGCCGUUGAACAGCAGCUUCAUCUAGACGCGGCCGAAUUGGUGCUCAGAAUCACAAAGAUUCUACGCCAAGUUCAGGAAGCCGAGAAUAACGAGAACAUCGACAUAACAACCUGUUCUAAAAGAAGCGUACGCGUGAGAUUACCGGUGAUGUGUGACGCACGACAUGGUCCUGGCGAAUUCGUAAUAAUGGCCAAACGACGUCUCGGUGAUCUCAUUUUGGUGUGUGCACCUAGGCUGGAGACAUGGGAACAGAUUGUACGAGAGAUGGACACCGCGCCCUGCGUUCUCAACAGCUAGCCAAUACCAGAUUUAAAAUUUUCUUCAGAAAACUAUAAAGACAUGUAAAUUAAAUAAGAGGUACGAGUAUCUAUUAUGUUGCAAAAAUGGAAAUCUAUACAAAAUUAUUGUCAAAAAACUGCCAAUCUAGCCAUAUACGAGAGUAUUAUAUACAUAGAGAAUUAUUCUUGGUGUACGUAACAUGCAACUGUCAGACUGUUGAUCUCCAAACUGUGAUAUUAUUUGUUGCAUUAAGAAAAACAUGGAAAAGCGUGCACGAGAAGAUAGAAAACACAUUUGCUCCAAUAUUUGUUCUAGAGAGCAAAAGAAUUAUUAUAUACAGAAUAGUUCAGAAAUUGCGUACUUUCCCUUAAAAUAAAAAUUUCAUUUAAACCUUUGUUAAAAUCCUCUUAUAUUUGAUUUUUUCAUUUUUAAUGAUAUAACUUGAUCUUUGCAUAUUGCGUUUUUGUUGAAAUAAGAUUUACUGUUGUGACAUAUACAAAAAUUUUAUCUAUUUAUUUAUAUUUCCUCAAGAUUGAUUCUUUUUUUAAUAUCUUAGAUUUCCUGUAAUUUAAUUAUCAAUAUCUUCGAUUUAACAUGGGAAUAAAAUUUAGUAUCUAUCAAGAGAAUGUGCGCAAUGUGUGUGAUUUUAAGAUAAUCUAUACAUAUAUAUAGAAAUUUUAUGUAGACAAAUACAUCGACUCUCGCUGCAGAAUUAAGUAUAAUUUGUUUAUAUUGAUUAGAUCUAUAACAAUUGUACAGAUUUAAUAAAUGAAUUUUAUAAGUUUUUAUACUGAUUGAAAUAACUUAUCAGUUUUUAUAUAGCAGAAGAUAUGUGCGAUAAAGAAAAUAUAUUUAGAAAAAUAAAGAGAAA